AUGACACUCAGCUCGGGUCGUGCAUCCACUAAUGGCCGAUGCCCAGAGGAUAGCAUUAGGUUGGUUACUUGGCAGACCUUGGGGAAACUCAACAUUGCUGGACUUUGUGAGAAGUACAAGGUGCGCGCGCGCGUCUCUUGGUAUCUCACCGAGCCUAUGGCUGCUCCGUGCAAAAAUCCUGCUGUGAUUAUGAAGGAGCGCCGCCCCCAUCCCAUUGUUUAA